AUGGCGGCGUCAAAUAUCCGGCUUCCACUGUUGGUGGCGCUUUUACUGCUGCAGCAGGCACUGCUUGCUCAAGGAUUUAGUAGCGAGGACGAUGAUAAAUCAUCAUGGAUAUCGGCGAGUGAGCCAGAUCAAAGCAUGAUGAUGCCGACCCCCACGCGGACUGUGUCGUGGACUAGGAACAUCACGCCCUCCUUCACGCUGGCACCCGCCGUGUCGCGGACGCUCUCCCCCACUCUUACGGAUUCACCGACGGCGACACCGCAGUACUCGCCAACCAUCACUCCAACCAUAUCGCACACACCGUCACUAGAGGAGUUUCCCGACAAUAUGUACACCAGGGCAGACAGCUGCGACCUCCCCACUCUUAGUCAGUGUGCGGAAGAUUUCUGUAACUGCAUUACGCGAGGUCCUCCGGAAGGCGGCAAACACUCGUGGCGUGCGAACAAUGGAAUGUAUACCUGCGAUGCUCCUGCCGACACAAACUGUUACUAUCACCUCUUCUGCGCACGGGAGCGGGUGGCAUGUCUGUGGUCUGCUGCGCUUGGCAAUAAAACCUUCAACACGAUACCAUCCUUCGAGAAGGAUUUAUUUCCUGAUGAACCCGACGAUGGCGUCUGCGAUGGGCUUGAGCACAUCAAAAGCAACUUCAGUGGAUUUACGGCGAACAUGAACUACUAUGACACCAUGUUCUACACAGAGUGCAUAGACUACGCGACGUUCAUCCUGAAGCGAACAGGUGGCGACAUUUGCACGCCAAUUACGGUUCCUAUGUUUGUCUGUGGGCCGUCCCUCAUCCCCCCUCCACCCGCACGCCACAUCGACUACGCGCCGGUGCAGAAGGGUUCACGGCGUCUCCUCAUCUCCAUUGCAGCCCGAAUCGUGGGCAACUUCUCCGCCGUAUUCGCUGCGGAGGAGGAACGCGGCUACGGCGCAAAGAGGGUUAGCAGUGUCGUGCUGCUGCUGAGAGAGGCUAUGUACGCCUGCUUCCUCAACGCAAUCGGCAUCGACGGGGAGUUCACCAUGACGCACGUGGAUGACUGCCUCGUUAUAAACUACGGUGUGGGUGUGGGCGAGGCGGACCCGUGGGUGGGCGAUACAGUAACGGCGAAUGCGCUAAGUCUGAUGGUGCGCAACACAUCGUGGAUGGCGAGGGCGCAGAAGGUGGUGAGCACUGUCCCCGGUAGCGCGAACCUCAGCGCGCCGAUUGUGGUCUAUGACGUGUCCUUCGAGCCGGGGCAUGGCCAACCCGUGGAGAAGAUGUGCGAUAGCAGCUGUGUUGCCGGCAUCACGGUUGUGUCAGUGUUGACGUUCAUUGUGCUUCUCUUGGCGGGGGUUCUUUGUUGUCGACAGCCUCAGAGGGUACAGGGUAUCUUUGAGGCUAGUUUUGCUUCCAUUGAGGAGAUGGAUAGUUUCGUUGAUGUCGGGACAAUAAAGUGA